GAGGGAAACUCGUGGGGGCCUCCGUCAGCGGUAGCGGCCAGCGUUCGGACAGGACUCCGGUGAGUCGCGCGAUACCUGGCGCUUCGCUUCGAUCGCGAGCCGAGGAAGAUAUUCCGGAUAGAAGAAUCAACACCGACGACGACGACGACAACAACGACGACGGCAACGACGACGACGACGGCGGCGGCGUCGCAGUGACGACGCGUCGCCCAAGUAAGAAAAAUCCGUUUUUUUUCAUCCUCGCGGGUGACGACCCUUGCGCACGCAAGGGAGGUGUAUCCCUUUUUUUCUGUCACGCGAAGUGCUGAAAGUCCGAUCGGCCGGCGAUCGGCGGUGGAGGACGACGACCGGAAUGGAGAGGAGGCAGCAGCAUCGUCGUCGUGACUCGAGCAGCUUCCAAGGUUGAGGCCCAGCGCGAAUACACAGCCGCCACCGGAAAGUAUGGGCUCGGAGGCCUGGGAGCUGGAGAGGAGGUACUCGGUGCCGGGUGCUUUGGACACCAGGGGGCUGGAGCCGCCGGCCAGCGAGGAUCUGCACGCAUGGUCGAUUUACAGGCAAAACCUGAACUCCGACUUCACGGACUCCGCGCUCGGCUCCGCCGAGAAGUCGCCGCUGCCGUACGGGAACUUCCAGCUGCGCGACUCCACGGUGCAGAGCAUACUCCGGCAUCCGCGGUACGGGCCCAAGAGUCCGUUGGCCAACAACUCUUACACGUACUUAAAGUUCGGUCUACCGCGAGUCCUGCCGCCCAGCUCGCGGAAUCGCGACGGAUCCAGCGGCUACGACUCCAGCGAGGAAGGACGACGCGUGUCGCACGCAGGUGCUCCAGUGCAUACCACUUCGAUUAUGCGUUCAGCCAGAAGCGACCCGGAUUUUAGGCACGUCCACGCUGUCCCGAGGGAGUCAGCGCAUUCUCAGCUAACUAUCGCGAGGGAUCACCCGAGGCUGAGAAGUGCCAGCGAGGCCAAUCUCUUGCAGAGUGCAGUUAGGACCAAUCGGCGACACAGCAUCGCGCCAAUCGAUCCCGGAUACAUAGCACACGGACACGGUAUCCUGGGACCGGAAGGUUACGCGCUGCCAAUAAGACCCAUACCGUGUCUGCAACAUCCUCACCUACAGCUGCGAGGCGUGGAGGCUUCGGGCUCGGAUGGGCUGCCGCUUCUUCGUGGUAUCACCCUCGAGGCCGGCGCCGCCGAAGUGCUGGCCAUUAUGGCGACUACCGAGAAGGAAGGCACGCAGAUCAUCGAGACGAUCGCGGGCAGGAGGCGUAUAAAAAGGGGCGAUAUUCUGCUCAAUGGAAGAUCCGUAUCGGCACGCAGCCUGAGAUCUCGCGUUGCCUAUCUACCCACGGAGAGCGGCCUAACUCCUGGACUGACGGCUCAGCAGACUCUCAGCUUCUACAUGUUGCUGAGAGGCGGUCGCAACACCACCACGCUCGAGGCCGAGGCUAUUCUGCAGGAGCUCGGCUUGGAGGCGACCAAGCACUGCCUGGUCAACACCCUGACAACAUCCGAGGCCCGACGACUGGCUCUCGCCUGCCGGCUGCUUCAGGACUCGCACAUUCUCGCCUUGGACAGACCCAUCCACGGUUUGGACAUCUUCGACGCCUUCUUCCUCGUGGAAUACCUAAGGCAAUGGGCCAGCCGCGGUCAGCGUCUCGUCGUCCUGACCCUGCAUCCGCCCACCUACGAGAUCCUAACGAUGGUGUCGAGGGUCGCGCUUACUUCCGGCGGUCGAGUCAUGUACUCCGGGCCCAGAAGAGACAUGCUGCCAUAUUUCGCGUUCGCCGAAUUCCCCUGCCCGCCCUUCAAGAAUCCGUCCGAUUAUUAUCUCGAUUUAGUAACGCUGGAUGACUUGUCGGCGGAAGCGAUGCUGGAAUCUUCGCAGAGGAUAGAUCAUUUGGCGGAGCUGGCCAGAACGAGGCUACCCCCGCUCAGUGAUCCUGGACCACCGGGCGCACUUCCGCCCUCGAUGUCCGGUCCCAAUAUAUUUGUGCAAUUCUACGCGCUAUUGUUGCGAACGCUCAUCUACAGUCAACCGUGGACGUUGACGAGGCUGUUGCGGAAGAUCGUCAUUUCCGCGUCGCUCAGUGUUUUACUUGGUGCAAUAUUCUGGGAUAUCGCCAGUGAAUCGAAUCUAUACCUGCGAGACAGAAUAGGCUUUCAUUAUGCUAGUUUGGGCAUCCUUUUCUGGCCUCUGAAUCUUCUGGCGAUGUGCGAUGUAGCCAAUAACAGGCCGAAUGUGGAGAGGGACAUCAGAGAUGGGCUGUAUGGUAGAUUUAUCUACAUUCUAGUGGAGCUCAUUUGCAGUGUGCCGUCGUGGUGCGUGAUCUACCUGAUAUAUUUGGCACCAGCGUUUGCGAUGUCGGGGUUGCAUCUCGUGCCGGAUGAGAAUCUGACGUCGCUGUGGAACUAUCUCAUCGUCGGCCUGCUGCAUCUGAUGCUGCAGCAUCUCAUCUGCAAGUUCUUCGCGCAUGUGAUCAAAUGGACUUAUUUGGCAUCGUUGCUCGGCGGCGUAGUGUUGGGCGAGAUGAUCCUGGCUGGCGGGGCGACCUUGCACCUGGACAAUUUGCCGUCGUGGUAUCAGCAAAUCAACCCGAUGCAAUGGUCAAUGUCGAUGCUGCUGCCGCGGCUGUACAAGAGCGAGAGCGUGGGGAAAUUGGCUAAUUGCAAACCCAAGCAGAUCCAACGGCAGGACAUCAUUAUUCAGGCGGCGUGCGAGCCGCCCGAUGGCGCGUUGGCUCUUCGCGAAGUCGCCCUCGACAAGUUGAACGUACGAGGGGAGCUUUGGCUGGGCAUAGGCUUGGCUAUCGUUGCCGUGCUGAUCAUCUUCGCUUUCAUAUGUGUCAAGUACGUCACCCCGAAGAGGCCCAGAAGCGCUCCAAAUAAACCCUGAUUUGCCGCACACAAUUUGAAAAAUCAUCAUCGAGAAGUAGAAUCAAGAUCGUACAGGAUGCCACGAAGACAAUUUAGGUAUUCGUGAACUUUCACCCUUCGGAAUAGAGAUGUGUCGGAUAUUCAACAAGUAUUAGGCAUCCAAUUCGGUUAUUUUCUAUAGUCUGGUCAGAUAAUUGUUAUAUUUAAAAUUAAAUUUCAAAUGAAUAAUAACGUUUCAAGACGUUUCAUUAAUUUUGGCCAAUUUAACUAAAUACCUUUGUCCAUAUUUAAUUAUUGAUUAAUAUGUAUAUAAUGCAAAAUAAUUUAAAAAAUUUAAUAAUUAAAUUCAUUUUUGUACGCUUUUUAUUUGUUUACUAAAUAUUCUUCUUAAUAUUUUAUAAGAAAUCGAAUUUUUGCAUUAUCUUGGAGUAAUCUGAUUUUGGAUUCUGUAUAAAUGACUGCUGCGGUGAUAAAUAAAAAAUAGAUAUAAUUCUUAUUAUAAUUUCUUUUUUUACCAUAAUUUAUCAAACAGUUAAAUUCACCUUUUCAGUCUCUUUACGUUUGCCGAUUAACGAGUUAUUCGCUAGCAAUAAUUAUUAAAUUACGCCAUCCGAUUGCUUGAUAGAUCUAUUAUUCAGCACAUCUCUAUUUCGAAAAUAAUCGCGAACUAUCGAAGUUUUUUACUAAAAACUCCUUAUAAAAUUGUUCUUUGUUGUAGGUUAAAACUCACGUAUCAAUCAAGUAUAAGUUCGUAAAAAAUUCUUAUGGAUAUUCUAUUGUCCGAUGUAGGUUUUUUUACUAUUCAUUAAAUUUUAACAAAGAUAUUUUGAGCUUGAUUUUCGUUGACAAAAAGCAUUUCGGUAGAAUCUACCUUGCUAUUUUUUAUUGCGCUCGUAAAGUUUCGUCAACGUCUACUCCGUUGCGAUUCUUUAAAGAAAUACGCUUUAGGGACUCGCAGGCGUAGACUGAAAGGCGGUUUGAAGUACAAAGCUUAACGAGACAUUAUUCUUUAGCUUGUAAUAGAAAAUCGCUGUUUAUAAACGUUAUAACGAUGAAUAAACGCGCUUAUAACUUCGUAUAUAUCUUAACUGAUACGUAUUGUUAACCGUAUAAAAUAAACAUUUUCAUGAAACAAA